CCUCAUGACUGUCACUAGAGUGAAAACUCAGCAGACAGGAAAGGUGCGAGAGAGUGUGUAUGAAUAUUAAAGAAAAGGCCUUUGCUAAGAAUGUGAACAGAAGGAAGUGACCUCACUCAGGAUCGGUUCUGUGGAAUCUUAUUACAAGAGAAGAAUGGAGGGCAUUGCACUUUAGGUUUGGAAAGCCAAGCAGACCAAAGCCAGACAUCAUUGCAGAAAGACCAACUGAGAUUCAGCUGUGUGGACAUUUAUUAUUUAAAGGUUCUGAGUAAGACAUGGCUUCCCUGGGCAUGCAAAUGCUGGCCAGUUCUUUGGCUCUUUUGGGUUGGGUUGGAGCUCUCCUGUCCUGUGUCUUCCCUAUGUGGCGUGUGACAGCCUUUGUUGGAACCACCAUCGUCACCUCAGAAACCAUGUGGGAAGGCAUUUGGAUGAGCUGCGUGACACAGAGCACAGGCCAGAUCCAGUGCAAACCGUAUGAGUCCACGCUCGCACUCAGCACGGAUCUCCAGGCUGCCCGGGCCCUGAUGGUGAUGUCCAUUCUCACGGGAGCGGGGGGCCUGAUUUUGGCCUUCCUUGGAGGAAAGUGCACUAUCUUCCUGAGCCGAACCAAAAGCACCAAAGCUAAAGUCACCGGAGCUGCCGGCGUCACGCUGACCGUCGCUGGCAUUCUUUGCUUGAUUCCAGUGUCAUGGUCGGCUGGCAUUGUAGUGAAGGCAUUCUACAACCCGCUGCUGACGGAUUCGCAACGCAGGGAGAUCGGGGGAGCCAUUUAUUUAGGCUGGGGUGCAUCUAUCCUACUGCUUUUAGGCGGGGGAAUGCUGUGCACCUCAAUCUGCACAGGGAACACAGUGGAUGACGAUGGUCCUUCUGUGAAAUACUUGGUCGUGCGUUCUUCGCUGGCAGGGUCCAGCAUGGCGGGUUCACAGAGGAUGCGACCGGUCUCCGUGAAGUCUCUGCCAAACAGCGCUCCUUCUGUGAGGUCACAGUGGAGUCAGAAAGCACCUAUGAAUCAUCAGAACAGAUUACCCUCCACAGGCUCAGAUCACAGCAAGCCAUCGACCACAAAGUCACAGCUUGCCAGAGCUGAGUCAGUAGCAGAGUCUGAGCAGAGUGAGGGGGCGUCAACAAACUCUCAGCUGAUUGAGAAAAGUUUGGAUCAGACAGUGACAGCCGCUGAACCAAAAGACACAUCUGAAGAUCCUUCAAAGACAUAUAUUUGAU